UGCCUCUCUCUUUUCGACCACAUGUGGUUCAAAUCAAAUGUCAUCGUCUGAAUCUUGACUUUACUCUUCGGAGUUCAUGGAAGCAUGAAGAGUGAUCGGACCAACAACGAGUGCCUGCUGACCGCUGCUCGGGGUCAAAAUGCAACUUUACGCCAAAAAUUUCGUCGGAAAGCCAUCAAUGCCAAGGCGAUGAGCUCUAUAAUGAUAUAUAAGAGCUUGAGAGAUGUCAACGUUCUAAGCAAGACUCUGAUCACACUUCCAAACACUCGAAAGCUCGAAUUCCACAGUCUGUUAAAUAUCGAGACUUCUCACAUACGCAACUAUUCACAGAAUGUUCACCGCUGCUCUCCUCAUGCUCGCUCCUCUCGCUGCUAUGGCCUCGCCCAUCGCUCGUACCGAUGCCACUUCUCAGCGAAUCGUCUUGAAGUCAAACACGAAACAAUGCGUCACGGCCUAUGGCCUCGCCCCUCAAGCCGGAGACAUACUUGCCAUCGCUCCUUGCGAAGAGCCUGCUAACCAGUACUACCUCCACCAAUUUUUCUUGACCGAGGGAAUCGACAGUACUGCCCCUGUCCAACUCGCGAGCACGAACCUCUGUAUCGACGCUGGCAGCGACGCUCCUUCCGAAUACACCAGCUUGACAUUGCAAGAAUGCAACGGAAGCAAACAGCAAUCGUGGUACUGGUUCGGAGCCAGCGAACUUGAGAUCAAUAGUAAGUUUCUGGCUCGUUCCUGUAGAGAAUCUUGGCUGACCAGGCACUCCAUCUCUUAGACCAAUGCUGGGCAGCCGUCAACACGACUCAAAAGUCUGGAAUCUGUGCAGGCACUCAGUUCACGCAGCUCCAAACUGCCACUUGCAAGCCUUUCGUUGAUUCCCAGGUGCGUCAGGCGAGGCGAUGUUGCGUGACAUUGCUAAAGUCGACGAUAGACCUUUACCACUGCCGGCCUCUACGACUACUAAGAAUGUGAUCAAGUGACACAUCAUUCGCGCAGAGCGAGGAGGAAAUGUACAAAGGGACAUUGUAUGAUGACAUGCAUAACCGCUGAACAAACGAGAAUG